AUGCUGCUUCCAGUUGCUUGGGCCAUCAUGGGCAGUCCACCCCAAAAUCUCCCAACCUGCCUGCAUGGUGGAACACCGACCGCACAGCUUGAACGAUACAGAUGCAAAUGUAUCGACCCACGCAUGGAUCGUCAGUGUAAACUUACGCUUGUCAGUAUCGAAACUGCUCCGGUGGAGAUGAAAUACGGCCCAAUAUCCGUUCAGAUUAACACCACCUCGACUUUUCAUGUGAGUCUUGCAUUCAUCACAAACGACGGUAUCGGAGAUGGCAGCAUACUGACUGUUUACGAUUCGAGCAAUGUGGUACAGCUGAAGUUAUUUCUCAAGUCAGGUAGACCGGGAAUGGAUAUCACAUUGGGCGGAUCCAGCAAAUCGUUACAGUUCAGUCAAAACCCCGUGAUGAACGAUAAUGUGUGGCAUUAUUUGGAUGUUUUUGUCGAGGCCGAGUCUCUCGGCACCGUUACCGUCUAUUUGAUGACGGACUGGUGCCGCUCUUCUAGCUUCAGCGAUUGUGUUCAGAAACAGUCCUUGUCCGUUUCGUCGGCUCCAUUCACCUUCGGCGGAAAGGUUCAACUGGGCUCCGAUACAGCAGCUAACACAGCGCUUUUCAACGGAUGCAUUGACAAAGUGAACAUAAACGGUGUGGCUCCCCAUAGCGAAGAACCCAAUCCGUUGGUCUCCUGGCAGAAGUUUAUCGAGUCUUACGAAUCUACUAAUAUAAGUGACUAUGACUAG